UCAUCCAAGGCAUAAAUCAUCGGUAGAAAUUGUAACUCCCUCCGUUUCGUUCCAUUGGUCUUUUCGGACUGCACCUCCAAGCUCCAAACGGCCGAUCUAGGAAGUUUGUGGAAAAUGGAGAAAAUCACUGAGCUGCUUCCUCAACAGGCCGCCAGCCCUUUGGUGGUGUACGUUUUGGCCUUCCUGGCCGUGCUCUGGCAGUUGAGCAAACUCGGACGCCGGCCUAGAGAUUACCCUCCUGGUCCGCCUACUCUCCCUCUCAUCGGCAACUUGCACCAGAUCCCGACAGACAAACGCCACGUACAAUUCGAAAAAUGGGCACGCGAGUAUGGGCCGGUCUACUCACUGAUGUUGGGGACUAAGGUCAUGAUUGUCCUCAACUCUGAUCACGCAAUCAAAGACCUCGUGGACAAGCGAGGCAAUAUCUACUCCUCCAGACCGGAAGCUUAUAUCGCCCAAGAUAUUCUAAGUGGCGGACUCCGGGUCCUAUUCAUGCCAAACAAUGCAAUUUGGAAGAUGGCGAGGAAAUUUGUUCAUCGAAUCCUCGGUGUUGUGGCGGCACGAAGCUACGUCCCUUACCAGGAUCUCGAGAACAAAGCCAUGCUUGUUGGUCUUUUAGAGGACCCAGACGAUUUUAUUGACCAUGUUCGUCGAUACACGGCUUCAUUGACUACUCAAAUGACAUUCGGAUUUCGUACCACGAGUAUCCAGGACCAGAGGUUCAAGGAGGCCUUUGAUAUUUUCGAUCGAAGUUCGGAGAUGAUUGGGUCCCGGACUGCCGCGCUGCUAGAUCUGAUGCCCAUACUCAGGCGCUUGCCGGCUUUUGCGCUCCCCCUCAAAAAGGAAGGCCGGGAGAUACACCAGAGGGAAAAGAAGCUGUUCCUUGGGCACUAUCUCAAGGCGAAACAAGGUCUGAAAGACGGCACGGCCCAGCCAUGUAUUUGCGUGGAUCUCGUCAAGAUUCAAAAGACUGAACAACUCACCGACGACCUUGCCGCAUAUAUCAGCGGCUCCAUCUUGCAAGCUGGAUCUGAGACGACGGCGGGUAUCUUGGUCGGCUUCAUUCAAGCGAUGGUCAUCUUCCCCGAGGUGGCUAAGACGGCGCAAGCCGAGCUCGACCGCGUAUGCGGCGACCGGUUGCCCGACCUCAACGAUGUACACGACCUGCCCUAUAUCCGCGCUUGCGCUAAGGAGAGCUUGCGUUGGAUGCCCGGAUUCCUGCUGGGCGUACCGCACAGAGUCACGCAAGACGACACAUAUCUUGGAUAUCGAAUUCCCAAAGAUGCUAUGAUCAUACUUAACGUCUGGGGGAUACAUAUGGACCCUAAGAGACACCCGUCUCCACGCGAGUUCGACCCAAUGCGCUACAUAGACGAUCACCAGACGUCCAUUGACGCGGCCAACAACCCAGACCCGACCAAGCGGGACCACUUCGUUUUCGGGGCAGGAAGACGCAGGUGCGCGGGAAUGCACAUUGCCGAUCGUUCGAUCUAUCUGGCCAUCUCGCGCCUGCUCUGGGCCUUUGACUUCAAAAGGGAGGUCGACCCCGUUACCAAGCAGGAGCUUAUCCCGGAUAUGAACGAGCUAGCCGAAGGCGUCAUGGCAUGUCCCAAGCCCUUCCCAACCAGGAUUGUGCCCAGGAGUGCUUUCAAGGAGAAGGCUGUGAGGGAGGAGUGGGAAGAAGUGGCAAAGCUACUUGACGGGAACGGCCAGUGGAGGACUGUGCCGGAGGGGCUGAUUUGGAAGGAUGAGCAGCUCUCUGAGUGAUUAAGACGCGUCCCUCCACGGUUCGAGACCGGGUGUAGCAUACAUAUGAUGGUUUAGAAUGGUUAUGAUGCACAUGAGUCGUACGAAAGGGCUGCCCAGAACAAGAUUCCAUUUGAUUGUGACGCAUUGAAAACAGGCGAUGUUGGGACUUUCGGAUUUCAGCUGUAUGACGGACUG